ACGGCCUUAACCUUCGUCGACAGCGUAUCCGAAAUAUGGGGCCCGCUCCUCAACGGUCUAUCUAUUUUGGUGGUGAAGAAAGAAACCACCAAGGAUCCUGAAGAAAUGGUCGCCUUAUUGGAAAAAUAUCAAAUCGAACGCCUGGUCUUAGUCCCAACCCUUUUAAGAUCAUUGCUCAUGUUCCUCGAGUUAAAGAAGGAUAAAAAUGCUUUAAGCAAUCUCAAGAUAUGGGUGUGUUCUGGUGAAACCCUCUCGGUAUCUUUGGCAGAAGAAUUUUUUAAGUACUUCCCCGAAAAUUCUGAGCACAAGCUGUGCAACUUUUACGGAAGCACUGAGAUUAUGGGUGACGUUUCUUUUCACGUUAUUAGAAGCAGGAGUCAGCUGAAGCACGAGACCAAGGUGCCAAUAGGUGGGCCGGUAGACAAUACCAUCCUCUACCUGUUAGAUAGGGAUUAUAGGCCAGUAACAGCCGGGGACGUGGGUGAGCUUUUCGUAUCUGGCUAUAAUUUAGCCGCAGGUUAUGUAAACGGCAGAGACCCGGAGAAGUUUAUUGAUAAUCCAUUGGCAAUCGAUCCGAUGUUUUCGAGGUUGUUCCGCACAGGAGAUUUUGCGCGCGUCGAGAAUGGCUGUCUUCAGUAUGAAGGAAGAACUGAUUCGCAGGUGAAGAUCAGAGGCCAUCGAGUGGAUCUAUCCGAAGUGGAAAAAGCCGUGUCAUCCAUCGAGGGCGUUGAUAAAUGCGUGGCUCUAUGCUACAAACCUGGUGAAAUGAAGCAAGCUUUAUUAGCUUUCGUCACCACGGAGGCUUCGAUGAGCGAGAACCAAAUCGAAUCCAUGCUGAAAGAAGUUUUAACAAGUUACAUGAUACCGCAAGUAAUCCAAAUGGAAUCAAUUCCGCUCUUGGUCAACGGAAAAAUUGACAGACAAUCCUUGUUAAAAGGCUAUGAAUAUACCAAUAAUAAUGAUGACUCCCACUUCGAGGCUGAAAUUGAUUACUCAGGCGUAACGAAGGAUAAAAUGCCGGCUGCUAAAGUACUCUUCGAAACCGUAGCUUCUGUGUUAGGUCGUUCCGCGCGGUCCACUAUCAGCCUUAACGUGAACUUCUACGAAAUCGGAGGCAACUCUUUAAACUCGAUCUUCACAAUUACUUGCCUCAACGAAGCUUCCUAUUACAUCAGCAUUAGUGAUUUUAUUGCCGCUAUGGACUUAGGCGAGGUCCUGGAGAGGAUGCACCAAUCCAAAGAUAACACACUAACGAAAACAGAGCCUCCAAUCUUUAGGAUGGAAUUUCUACACGACGAGAUCAGAGCCGAUGUCUUGGACAUGAUAACCACCAGUUUUUACCAAAAGGCCGAUCUCGAGCAGUGGCUUAUGCCAGACAUAUACGAAUCCGAUUACUCAGAAUUGAUGAGCAAGAUCUGGGCGCCGCUGGUCGAAAAGAAUCUCAGUUUUGUGGCUAUUUCCACUGAGACGGGGAAAAUCGUCGGUGUCUCUUUAAAUUUUGACGCGCACGACGAACCGGAAGUGGAAAUUACCUCCAAGCUGGUCGUGAUUUUCGAAUUCUUGGAGACCAUCGAAGGUCCCGUCAGGGAUAACCAAUUGCCGACCGGAAAGGGAAAUGUCUUGCAUUCGUUCAUGAUGGCCACCAGCUCUUCCCUUUCGUCCAAAGAAAACGUGGCAGUAAUGAAAUAUAUGGAAGAUCAAGUGUUGAUUGUAGCGAAAAACAAGAAUUUCAAGGGAAUUCUAACUACAAACACCAGUCCUUUGACUCAACAAAUGGGUUCUAGCGUAUAUGGCUAUAAAGAAAUGUACGAUUGUCAAGUUAACACGUACGUUGCUUCCGAUAACUCCAAACCGUUUGGUUUAGCAUCGGAUACCCAACGAGCAAUUGUCCAUUGGAAGGAGAUCUGAGAUGAUUAUUCUACCCAGCAUUUCGUGUAUAUAGUUCAUUAGUUCCUAAAUUAAUUUAUUUGACUCUGGAUGAUAGAGUAGUUUUGCUUUGCACGUUUUAAAGUGAUAAUUUAGAUUCUUAGAUAUGUAGCACAUGGUGAAUAUUACAAAAUAUUAGAGUCAACACUAUUUCAAUUAAUUAAACACAGUGAUAUGUAA